GUAUUAGUGUGCGCUUCCUCUCCAUCUUCACUUUCCUGUUAUUCAAAGAGCGAGCUUCAUCAUGAGUGUUCAAACAGCCAAAAAAACUGCGUGGAAAAAGUACAAGGUUGCUGUGCCACGGGACACUGCCAUGCAGAGCUGUUAUCCUCCGCUAGAUGAACACAAUGAUGUACAGAAAAAGACGUUUACGAAAUGGAUAAAUGCUCGGUUUUCCAAGAGUGGGACACCCCCAGUCAAGGACAUGUUCACAGAUCUGAAAGAUGGAAGAAAGCUUUUGGACCUUUUGGAAGGUCUGACAGGGAAACCUCUGCCUAAAGAACGAGGUUCCACAAGAGUACAUGCCUUAAAUAAUGUCAACCGAGUACUGCAAGUCUUGCAUCAAAACAAUGUGGAGUUGGUGAAUAUUGGAGGAACUGACAUUGUUGAUGGAAAUCACAAGCUGACACUGGGGCUGCUGUGGAGCAUUAUCUUGCAUUGGCAGGUGAAGGAUGUCAUGAAGAAUAUCAUGUCAGAUUUGCAGCAGACCAACAGUGAGAAAAUUCUGUUGAGCUGGGUUCGGCAGUCCUCAAGACCUUACAGUCAAGUCAAUGUUUUGAACUUCACAACGAGCUGGGCAGAUGGACUUGCUUUUAAUGCUGUCAUCCACAGACACAAACCUGAGUUCUUCAGCUGGGAUAAAGUUAUAAUGAUGUCUCCAAUUGAGAGACUGGAACAUGCUUUCAGCAUAGCCAAAAACCACCUGGGAAUUGAGAAACUGUUGGAUCCUGAAGAUGUUGCUGUACCACUUCCAGACAAAAAGUCUAUUAUCAUGUAUUUAACAUCUUUGUUUGAGGUCCUUCCUAAGCAAGUCACCAUGGAAGAUAUUCGGGAAGUGGAGACCCUUCCAAGGAGAUUCAAGCAGGAAUGUGAAGAUGGAGAAUUCGGCUUGAAGCAGGCUGUAGCACCUGAAGAGGAGCAGAACAGCUCUAGAGCAGAGACCCCCAGCACAGUGACAGAGGUGGAUAUGGACUUGGAUAGCUACCAAGUUGCUCUGGAAGAAGUCCUCACGUGGUUGCUGUCAGCUGAGGAUGCAUUUCGGGAACAGGAAGAAAUAUCUGGUGAUGUUGAAGAAGUCAAAGAGCAAUUUGCCACCCAUGAAGCUUUUAUGAUGGAACUGACUGCGCACCAAAGCAGCGUGGGCAGUGUCUUGCAGGCUGGGAACCAGCUGGUGGCACAGGGAAAUCUGUCACCUGAAGAGGAGUUCGAGAUUCAGGAACAAAUGCUGCUGCUGAACUCCCGCUGGGAAGAGCUCAGGGUGGAGAGCAUGGACAGGCAGUCCCGCCUGCAUGACAUGCUGAUGGAGCUACAGAAGAAACAGUUGCAGCAGCUGUCUGACUGGCUGACAGUUACAGAAGAACGCAUUCAGAAGAUGGAAUCUCAACUUUUAGCUGACGAUUUAGAGACCCUUCAGAAACAGCUAGAAGAACACAAAAACUUGCAGAAUGACCUAGAGGCAGAACAAGUGAAGGUAAACUCUCUAACGCACAUGGUUGUCAUUGUUGAUGAAAGCAGUGGGGAGAGUGCGACAGCUAUUCUGGAGGAACAAUUGCAGGUAAAGUGCUAGUGGUUUUUGUUUUUU